AUGAGGAGCAACAGAGUGGAUGCCAAGACGUACCCCUUCAUACCGUCCACCUCGCACACUCGCGCUUUGCCAAUCCACACAAGGGAGUUUAUUCAAUACCAGGCCAAACGCGUUAACGAGGAAGUGCGUUGUUGGAGCAAACCGCUGAAAGAGGGAAACUGCCCGAACCACACGCCUCGUAUGAGUGACACCUACUCAGCCUACAGUAAUAUGGUUCAACGCGAUAUCAACAAGCAGUUGGGUCUUGUGAUGCGAGAUGUAUCCAGGAAUGGACAAUUUUUCGAGUCCCCCGUCACCCACAUACCCAAGCACCCAAUUGUAAUACACAAGGAGUGUUUGGAAAGGGACCACAAGACGCCGGAGGGCUUCUCGCGAGUGCUGCAAACCUCAACCAUUCAGUGUCGACUCGGCUGUCGCACGAAGCCAAUGUGUGACUGGUCCGAAGUAAGCAGUUUAUCCGGCAGAUUAUUGUAUUGA